UUCUUUUUUAAAAUUUUAAUGUGCGCGCACCGGUGGGAGAGACACAAAGACACGGAGCUGGAGAGACCGCGGGGGGGACGACGAGGAGGAGGAGGAGGACACAUCCGAGGGAGUGAAAGGGAAGAGCGGGGACGCGGACACUGACCCAUCCCGGAGCAUCGGCGAGAAGAAAGGAGGAGACGGAGAGACGAUUCCUGACCUGAUGGACUGAGAGGACAGAUGAAUGAAGACUGCCUACACUAACGCCUAUCGAUGCCUGGCCAAGGACCUGGACGCUUACGCCAUGAACACGGACAUGACAAUGGACGGCAUUGGCAGCCUGCAUGGCGGGGUGGCGGUCAGCUCCGUGGCCCCUGACGCGGAGCUGAUGAGCGGCCACAGCCCGCACCAUGUCCGAGGGAGCUCACUGGGGGGAGGUGGAGGGGGAGGAGGAGGAGGGGGACCCGGGGCGGCGGCAGCGGCGGGGGCGGCAGCCACCCUGCGGAUACACCAGGACCUGGCCGCCGCCGCCGCCGCCUCCUCCCGCUCCGCCAUGGUGUCCGGUAUGGCCACGAUCCUGGAGGGCAGCGGGGAGUACCGGCCCGAGCUGUCGCUGCCGCUGCACCACGCCAUGAGUGUCCCGUGCGACACCUCCUCUCCCGGGAUGGGGAUGAGCGGCACCUACACCACCCUGACGCCGCUGCAGCCGCUGCCGCCCAUCUCCACUGUGUCCGACAAGUUCCACCACCACCAUCACCACCACCACCACCACCAGCGGCUCUCCGGGAACGUGAGCGGGAGCUUCACGCUGAUGCGGGACGAGCGGGGGCUGCCGGGCAUGAACAACCUCUACAGCCCCUACCACAAGGACCACAUGUCCGGGAUGGGUCAGAGUCUGUCCCCGGUGCUGGGCAACGGCCUGGGCUCCAUACACAACACCCAGCAGGGGCUCCACAACUACGGCACGGCGACGCACGGGGGCCACGACAAGAUGCUCAACUUCGACGCGCACCACACUGCCUCCAUGCUGGCCAGAGGAGACCACCACCAGCACCGGGGCCUCGGUGGCCCCGCGGCGGGCAUGAUGCCGCACCUGAACGGCAUGCACCACCCGGGACACCCGGGCGCCUCCACGACGGGUCACCACCCGCACUCCCAUCUCCAGUCUCCAUCGCACGGGCCGGUGUUGACCUCCAGCCGGGAAAGACCACCCUCCUCCUCGUCGGGGCCGCAGGGGGCCAACGGUGCGGGGCAGCUGGAGGAGAUCAACACCAAGGAGGUGGCGCAGCGGAUCACGGCGGAGCUGAAGAGGUACAGCAUCCCGCAGGCCAUCUUCGCCCAGCGGGUGCUGUGCCGCUCGCAGGGGACGCUGUCCGACCUGCUGAGGAACCCCAAACCCUGGAGUAAACUAAAGUCCGGCCGCGAGACCUUCAGGAGGAUGUGGAAGUGGCUGCAGGAGCCCGAGUUCCAGAGGAUGUCGGCGCUCAGACUGGCAGCGUGCAAACGGAAGGAGCAGGACACGGCGAAGGAGCGCAACAGCACACCAAAGAAGUCGCGGCUGGUCUUCACCGACCUGCAGCGGCGCACCCUGCUGGCCAUCUUCAAGGAGAACAAGCGGCCGUCCAAAGAGAUGCAGCUCACCAUCUCGCAGCAGCUGGGCCUCGAACUCACCACCGUCAGCAACUUCUUCAUGAACGCCCGACGUCGGAGCCUGGACAAAUGGACAGACGACGGCGGGAGCCCCGGGGGCCAAUCUUCUGCGUCCAGCACUUGUACCAAAGCGUGAUAAAGGAUGGCGUUGGAGGGGGGUGGGGGUGGGGGGGACGAUGGGGUCAAGGGUCGUCGUUUUCGCGAUGGAGGAAAACCAAACUUUUUACAUUUUUUCUUUGUUUGUUCGUGCGUUUGUUGAGGGUGAUAAACUGAGAGAGGGGCUGCUCACUGCGACGACUUGUUUGUAGCCAAACCGCCUUUUUACAAAUUCAUCAUCUAAAAAAAAAAAAAACCCAUGAAGAAGCUGAAGCUGAGGCUGAAGAAGGGUAAAACACACACAAACCUCACCACGGGAAGAAAAAGAUAAGAGAGUCAUGAAUCACAGACUCCUGUAGGACAGUUUCGCUAACUCACUAGCCCAAAAUACCAAAGACUAGAAGACAAUGUAUGUUUUCUAUUAUGCAAUAUAAGCUAGGAACCGACCAAACCAGGAACCAAUGACAGCUUUACGACUGCAGAAUGUGUGACACGUCAGUAAGAAGCAGAUAUCGUACGUAGACGCCGGUCUACAGAUACGGCGCCGCCAAAUUUAGCAAUCUGACUAAAUGGAUGGAUUGCGAUGUUUGGUCCGUUGUAGUGAGUUCCAGUUGCUUUGGAAGUCGAAACUCGGAAAGACGUCUCACAUGAAUGUGUUCGGCAAAAAAUGCCCCAAGCCACAGUGUCCUGUGGUUAAUGUUAGCGAAUUAUAGCUAAGUUUGCUAAUUAGCGAGCUAAUCCAGUCUGUUUGAUAAACACUAAAAGCGGCAUUUAAUACAUAACAACACAGUGGGUUGUCACUGUGUGUGCUGACUGAUUCAAUUGGACACAAAAAAAAACAAAAUUUCAGUGUUAUGUUUGGAGCGGCCAUUUUGAAUUGUGACUCUGAGGAGCACGAGGAGUUUCCGACCUCCGAGUGCAAUUGGAACGCACGUACACGUGCAGCCAAGGGUAAAAUUGGACUCUAGUCAAAACCAAAACCAAAGACAUACAAGGUGAAAAACGGGGUUGUUCCACUACUUCUACUCUAAUUAAAAAAAUAGCAUGAAAACAACGUUAUCCUAGCUUACAGGAAGUUAGCGCAGUGUGCUAACUUGAAACAUUGGUGGUUCUGAAGAUUUAACUGUUUUGCUCAGAAACAAAGUGGUAAAUAAUAGCUGGGUGGAUCUGCAUCCAAGAUUUUUGACCAUAGUAACUAAAAAAUCAAGAUUACACUUACCAAAAUAUAUACGUACAGUAUUAUUAUUAUUAUCGUUAUUAUCAGUAUAACUAAAAGUAUUGACAAAAACGACGAGAUUUCUGUCACUUUAUGGAGAAAAAAACCCCUCUAAUUUUACCAAAGAAAAAAAACAACAUAAAUAACAAUAAUCAAGACUCUUUGAAGGAAGCAAUGAUGUUUCAUAGAGUUAGGAAAUGACAAAAUAUGCAAGCACAAACACAAACACACACACACACACUAAACACACACACACUUUCCUCAUAAUUUGAGCUGACGCAUAGAAUUACGAGCUUACACAGCAUACCCAACUAUUAUAGUGUAAUUUAUAUAUAUACUGUAUAUGACUCCAUAUAUAUAUAUAUACAUAUAUAUAUAUAUAUAAGCGUAUGUGAGCACAAAUUUCGAAGCACAUUUUCUUUGCAAUAGAACUGGAGCUCUCUGCCAAGCCGAAUGGUUCUUCACAUCUUAGAAAACUCAGGAUGCCAUUUUUUUCUAAACAGCGGCUGAAAUCCAUUCGGCGUCUGUCUUCACACACACACACACACACACACACAGUCACGCACGCACACACACACGGAAAAUUUUAAAGAGUCAUUUCCUUAAUGUUCUCCAAAAAUUCCCCCCCGACCCAAACCUCGUCAGCUAAACCAAACCAAAGCUAAGCUAAUAACCAGUUCACCCCGAUCGCCAUCAUUUGUGUUCGUUAGCACAUCCACCAGGACGGCGCUCUCCACUUAGCAUUUUAGCAGUAGCACAAUCUGUUCUCACGCAGAACACAGAUGCUAUUUAUUUAUUUACAUACAUUGCUGGUGCUGUCUCAUGAACGUUUGACAUUUAAUACGCAUCAUUUUCAAUGCACAAAACUGUGGUUUUCAUUGGGAAACAAAAGCACCAAAUGCAGUCUGGAUUUACACAAAAACUUUAAACCAGUUAAAGUGACUUCAAACAUCAACUGACGGUCGUUUUCAUGAACCCAAUCUUCCAAACUCCCCACGUUUUUGCUGUAAAUCCAGCUGUAAAACUAAGAUGCUGUUUGGAGCUGCCGUCACAGGUCAACAUUAAAAACCAGCGAAGCAAAGCUGAACCCGCGGAGGACGAACUGUCCAGGCGGAUCAGGGCCUUUGUAAUAGUUAAAGAGGACAAUCUAAAGACGAUGCCUGGCAGGUACCGUCUCUUUCAGCGGGGUCAGCGGGCUGGAAAACACGAGUACAGGUCGCUAAAAACGCCGCGGACAAAUCCCAUUCUGAGGACAAGAACUUUGACUCCAGACGGGACUCGUCUGCGGUGUUUGACAGUUGAAAACCAAAUCCUACCCAUCGAUUUAAGUGUGAUACUUCAUACUGUACAGCCUUUAAAAUAUGAUGUAAAUACGACAGGACGUCAGCACCUCCUACUCUGUUUUAACAGCCUUUGUCAUCAUCCUCAAUCACCUCAUUAAUCAUCUCACACUCAAGCUAUCGAACCAAAAAAAAGACAAACAAAACCAAAGGAAAGGCGUCAGUCAGCAGCCCCUGCUCCGUAGAUAAAAGCCCAGGCCCGAGUCCUGGCCUGUGGUUAGAGGCGAGCCAAAGGCUUUAAGAACGAUUUAACGUGAAGAAAAGAAAAAAAAAAUGGACACUUGAGACUUUUUCUAUUUAUUGACAAAUCGAAACCAAAGAAAACCUUGUUCUGCACCUAACUGUUCCAACAAACGGAAACAAACUAGCUGAAGAUGGAAGAGAAUUAUUACCAAAAAAGUAGAAAAAAAUACCAAAAAAAAGGAGUGGUGGCAACGAUGUCGAGGAUGGAAGGAAGGAAGAAGGAUGGACGACAUCACGGACGUGGAGGAGGAGGAGCUUUGUUCUGCCUGAUGCUGCGUCAGGCCGUCUUUAGAGGGGGAAGAAAGUUGGUGACAAAAAGAGGGUAAAACCACACGGGACGGAGGGAAGGAAUGCAUGGAGGAGGCGGAGGGCGGCCAUUUUCUUCCCUCCGACCCCCCACAAAAGGCAGAACAUUAAUGUGUCUCUCACGGUUGAAGAGUGUCUUUAACGUGUGCCUAUGCAGUUUUUCAAAGUUUAAAAAAAACAAAACAAAAAAACGGUUAAGAGAACAACAGAAACCUCAUCAGCUAACAAACCAAAGAUUCACCGUUAACUCCAGUGGUCGCUCGCGCUCCUCCUCUUUUACCUCCGUGAAAGAGAAAAUGUCAACGAAUCUGGGGAUUUUUUUUCAAAAAAAUAUCUCCCCACUACGUCAAUCCGACCUCUGUAGGUUAGCGUUCGCGCUAACUAACAAAAAAAUUUAGUUUUCCAAAGAGAAACAGUUCAUGCUAGCUGCCUAGCAUGUACUUAGCCUAAUAAUGGCCCGCGUAAACAAGUCACAUGUACUUGUUCGUGAUUGAUACUCGAUCCUACUUCCGAUUCCAUCCCAGUGUUGGAGGAUUGCGUACAGUCCACGUGUACUUUCAUGGAUGUGUGACAUUAAUUGCGUAUCGCGUAACGUAGCUACGUUAGUCAUAUGACAAUGACUAAAAAACGUCGUAAUUUCAUGGGGUGUUUUUUUCCUCCAACGUGGCAUCGAUAAUAUGAUCGUACGUUUUCAUGAAUUUCUGUUUUUCCAUAAAAUCAAAAAGUCAUUAACCUGCUCCGUAUGACGAAGUCUACCUCCGAUAAUCUCAAGCAGUUAACGUAAACACUGCCAGACGACAGCACCGGUGCGCUUCAUUUAUUUUAGUUUUGUUCAAGUUUGACCGCUUCGAGACAAACGUUUGGAAAUCAAACGUCAAAAAUAGCUUAAAAGUCUUUAUUUUUGUGGCGUUGCCGUCACCGCUGUUGUCUGGCAGGUUUCUCACUGCAAAGAGAGUGACAAUGUAUUUGCUACGUGACACGUACAGUUCAUACCAAAGAUUUUCUGCUGUACAGACAGUAGCACACACUGACAACACUCUUUCAUCACUUUACUUGUUUCUUUCACAUUCUCUCGUCGAACUCACUGCGUCUGGAUUUUUUUUUUUUUGCUUUUCCUCUCAAACCAAAGUCAAAAUUAUCUGCGCGUGAGAAAGUUAACCCUGGUAUUAUCUACAGUAAACUAUGGUACAUAAGUUAGAUACAUCUGUACUGUGUACCGCGGUAUACCACACUGUUUACCAUGGUAUACACCAAACGUUUUAUAAAAAAUACACAAACCAAUGAAUUAUGACUUUGUUUUUAUGAACGUUACUUGAUAAAUCUAAUGUAAAAUGACACCCCCCAAAAAAAUCUCCCAUACUUUUGGGAAUGAUUGAUAUACAUACUAUAAUUCAUUACUGUGGUGGUAACAGAUUAGUAUUUUAGUACAUAUUAUGGUUACUGUGUAGUACUUGUAUCAUGAAACUCUUUCUCUUGGGAGUCCAAAAAAUUAAGUAAGUGAUUAUCGACUAAAAAAAAAUUGGUUAAUUAGAUACUAUGAAGUCUGAAAGUCAUUUAUUUGGAAUUAAAUAAACACAUGUACCAGAUGUACCAGAUGUACCAGAAACCAAACAUUUAAAGGACUUGGUACAAUCCAGGAAACUAGUGUUGUUAGUGUUUUUUAGCUAAUGCUACAAAGCGCCACUGGUUUGGAUGAAAAGUUUAAAAAAAAAACAACAGAGCAAAUCAAGCAUAUUUUUGUACGACACGAUGCCACGUGUGGACGAUAAACACGCCCUUCUUCACGGGGAGGGGGGCAGGGGGCGGAGCCGAGCCACUGAUCCAUGUUGUACAAACGUCAAUAAUGAAUCCAAAAUAAACCAAAUAAACACGACGUCAAACACCCGCUGAGAGAAACUGCUAAGAUAUCGGUCAACUAGCUUUAACCUUUAGUUUUCUCUCUUCUUCUUCUUCUUUGUUCUGUACGUAAAAAAGCUUCUAGUCCAAAGAAAAACCUCUGCCCACCUGAUCCUCUCAUCCUGGUGGCCACGCCCAAAGGAGUGGGCGUGGCCCGUGGGUCAGGGGGCGGCGGCCAUAUUUCCAUUCCCACUUGCAGUUCUGUCUGGAUGUAAACACAGGCUUUUAAAUCUGCCAAAAAAAAAACAGAAACAAAAAGAGGGGGAAAUGAGAGUGAAAGCGUCCCAAAGAGGUUCUGAUCACUUUGUUUUUGAAGUACUUAAACUUUAUUUGCCAA